AUGUAUCUCUGGAUGAUUGCCCCUCAUCUUCCAAUGCAUUACGGUGCUGCACUAAGGAAAAUGAAGUACUUGCUCAAGUGGCGUGUGGUGAUCAACUUCGACCAUUUCCUCGACGAACUAGUCUGCGAGAAGUUGAUUCUACCCGUGAAGGAAAGGGGGCUUCGAUCGAAGAAUGAAUACUCUGAACAGAUCGAAUGCACCUUCCUCGAUCUUUGCACGCGAAACCCUCGGCAAACCUACCUGCAACUUCUCGCAAUUUUUGAUAACAUGGGCAGACAGGACAUCAUAACGGAUCUUUCUGGAAGCAUGGAUCCACCACAUGGUAACCAGGGUACCCCAAUUCAGCAUGCACACUCAGCCUCUUAUCUCUUCAGUGAAACGUCAGGGGCAAGCGACGGAAGGUCGAGCAAUGGAGAUGCAAGCAACAUCCCUAGUACAUUUGCGCAG